AUGCCGGGCUCCUGGGUGCUGGUGCUGGCGGUGCUGGGGGGGGCCUGCGCCCUCCCCGCCCCGGCCCCCCUCGCCUACACCCAGGCGCUGGCCCAGGCCGUCGACUCCUUCAACCAGCGCCCCGAGGUGCAGAACGCCUUCAGGCUGCUCAGCGCCGACCCCGAGCCCACCCCAGACAUCCAGCUCAGCUCCCUGCAGAGCCUCAACUUCACCAUCAUGGAGACGCGAAGCCUGGCGCGCUCCGGCGCCCGCCCCGAUGCCUGCGAGUUCAAGGAGGAUGGACUCAUCAAGGUCUGCUCCGUGCCCGUGCCCCAGCGUGGCAGCCGCCCCGUGCUCGAGGUCACCUGCGUGGACUCCACCGUGGACCCUGUCCACGUCAAGCGCUUCUGGCCGCUGCUGGCGGUGGCCACCAGCGUCAACCUCUUCAAGACCAUCAAGAGGAAAUGA